AUGUUUAUUCUAAGCAAUGCUUUACCAUCAUGGGGUGUGUUAAAAGUAGAUGGCAAAACGUUGGCAGAAGGUGGUCUGUGGCAAGAUUGUGGUUAUAUUGGGACAUGGACUUGUGUCUUUCGCGGAUUCUCAUGUUCUGGCUUGCCCUCACCUUUGAUGGGUGAAUGUAUAAAACUGAUAAUGACACGAGUGUUCAUCAUCUUGGCAUGUCUUGUGUCUGCAUUCGGUGCCACAAAUCUUCUACAGGUCGCCAGAUCAGGAGGAAAUAAUCCACAAUAUAUCAUGUCUAGCAAAGUUUGUGCUGCUGUAUCGGUCCUGUGCGGAAUUCUUAGCAUAUCAUUGGGUAUUAGUUGGGCUCUGUAUGGUGGUGUUGCAACAUUAGGUGCAGCUGCCGCUUUAGGAAUCGUUGCUACUGUUCUAAGUCUUUUCAGUACUGUUGUGGCUUUUAUGAUUCGUUGA